GAGAAAAACUUCCCCGUCAGUCGGAAAGACAGAAACCGCGCUCGGAGCAGGAGCAGAGCAGGAGCAGAGCAGGAGCAGGAGACCCGUCGAGGGAUGAAGGCGGCGGGGCAGCCUGGCUCGGGAAAGCGGCGUUAGAGGCUUUAGCGGCGGAUUCAGCGCCUCAGCGUCCCUCAUUCACUGGAACCGCUCGCCCUCCACCACAGCGGCGAGACGAGUUGCUGCUUCCUGUCUGUUCCUCAGUUAGUAGAAGAUGGCCAAGUGCAGUGCUCUAGGACGGUCAGACCGGCUGCAGAUGCUGACCUAAGCUCCGCCUCGGCACCGCUCACUGGAACAGAUCUGCUGUAUUCUGAGCUGCUGCUGGAUCCUGCACUGUCCUGCUGUGGGUCAUGUCGUCCCUCGUCCCUGAGUGGCUGAGUGGGCUCCGCCUCGAGCAGUACUGCCCCGCCUUCCGGGAGGCGGGCCUCCGAACGCUGUGGGAAUGUCGGGAGCUGAACGCUGCCCAGUUGGAGCGCAUGGGCGUGGCCUUGCCGGGACACAGGAAGCGCAUCCUGGGUAGCCUGCAGAAGCUCUUCCCCUCAGAACGAGGGAUGGAAGGAGAUAUGGAGCGAGAGAAGGACGGAGAGGAGGAGGAAAGGCCUGUUCCUAUGGAAAGGACGAAGUUCCGACCUCCGGUGACAGUGUCGGAAUCGCUGGUGCACUUGUCUCAGACUGGGAAACUCCGAAAUCAGAGCCAGAACGUUGCCUCUAAUCUUGGGACGCAGGACAAAGCUCCUCCCCCCAUUCCCCCUCGGCAGACCCCAAACCGUCCGCCCAUACCUUUUACACCCACUUCUGUUACUGUGGCAACAACAGUCGCCCCUGUAUCCAUGAGUGCCAGCUGUCCAGUCUCUCCGACUAGGACAGAUGUACACGUUGCCAAGCCAGUGCUAGCUCCUGCCACUCAAACCAGGCCGAUGCCUACUCCGAGGCCACGCCCAGAAAGCCUGCCUCUUAAAGAGACGGUGCUGAAGCAAGACAAAAAACCUUCGCCCAUCUCUCCCUCUGUUUCUUCCUCUUCGUCCACCUCGUCCUCGUCAUCAUCUUCAGAGCAGUUCCACCUCUACGAGCAGUGUUCUUCGCCUGGACAGGCCGAGAAGGGGAUACCCCCUUUACCUCCCAAAUCUUACUCCAUCGGGACCCCCAAAGAGGCUAAGGUGGCUCCUCCUGGGAGACCUCUGUGCAGACCACCCAUACCACCUCGUGGCAGCACCACCUCCAGCACCACUGCUCCACCCAAAAGCCCACCCGCUGUCAGCUCCUCUCCAGCAGAUGAUCUUUCGGAUGCAGAUCGAGCUCCGCACGUCCCGCCCCGACCCAGAUCGCACCAGGAAGGCCCCAAGAAAAGAGUUCCUUUACCCCCCUCUCAGAGCAGGCUGGUGGACUCUUCGGAUAGUUCUGAUGAGUAUGAGGACUUGCACAUGGACAAAUGUGGAAACGGUGAUCCCUUAGACAUGGCAGACAAGAGCUCGUUCCUGCUGGUUCCCGGACAAUCUAAGCCCCGUUAUAACAGCCUGUGCAGUGACGAUGAACUGCUUGAGGAUGAGGGUGACCUCGGUUAUGAGCCUGUGCCGGACAAGAGAGAUUUGUGGAUCGAGGACUACAGCUCACUUCCCAGCUCUCAGAACAGCAUCUGUCUGCCAAUCACAGGACAGGUGUUAGCCCGGCCCCCUAAAGCCGACUCCGCCCCUCAGCUCACUCCAGUCAUUAAGAUGGGCUGGCUAGACAAGAACCCUCCACAGGGGUCACUGAUCUAUCAGCGACGCUGGGUCAAACUGGACGCUGAUUACCUGAGAUACUUUGACAAUGAAAAGGACAUCUAUUCAAAGCGCAUCAUACCGACCUCCUCCAUCACGGGGGUGGCUAACGUGGGAGAUCAGAAGUUUGAAGUAGUCACGCACAAUCGGACCUUUCUUUUCCGAGCGGAGAGUGACUCGGAGAGGAACGAGUGGGUGUCAGUGCUGCAGGAUAUGACGGGUCCAGCUCGUACAAGAGUGAGCAGAGAGUUGACCCUUAACCCGUUGGUGACUUGUGAGAUGAAGGGUUAUCUGGAGCUGCGGGGGCUGCGCUCCAAGCUCUACACCGUGGUGUGCGGAGACAAAGUCUUCCUCUAUAAGAACGCUGAGGACUAUAAGCUGGGUAUAGGGAUUACAUCUAUAGAUAUGAACGUGGGGAACGUGAAAGACAUGGACAGAAGAGCUUUUGACCUGACCACUCCUUACCGCAUAUUCAGUUUUGUAGCAGAGACUGACCAGCUAAAGGACCAGUGGAUGGAGGCGAUGCGCAACUCCAUCGCAGAGGCGCUGUCCAAUUACGAGGUUGCUGAGAAGAUCUGGGGGGAGCCAGCCAAUCAGAAAUGUGCUGAUUGUGAUGCCACCAAACCCGAAUGGGCAGCCAUCAAUCUGUGCGUGGUCUUCUGCAAACGCUGUGCAGGAGAGCACCGUGGUCUCGGCCCCAGCAUAUCAAAAGUACGGAGCCUCAAAAUGGACAAGAAAGUGUGGACUGAUGAUCUAAUCCAGCUGUUCCUGUUAGUGGGCAACGAUCGCGCCAAUCAUUUUUGGGCGGCUAAUGUCCCGCCCAGCGAGGCGCUGAGUGCAUGCAGCAGCAGCGAGGAGAGGCGGCGCUUCAUCACGGCCAAAUACCGCGAGGGGAAAUAUCGGCGCUAUCACGCGCUCUUCGGCAAUCAGAAAGAGCUGGACAACGCAUUGUGUAUAAACGUCCAGUCUAAUGACGUGUGUGAGACUCUGGCUCUGGUGUUUUGUGGUGCUGAUGUAAACUGUGACACGGGCAACCCUGACCUCUCCUCUCCUGCUGCCCUGGCAAUGCACCACGGACAGAACCUGCAGGUGGAGUUCCUCACGCAGAACCGCAACACAGAGAUUCCGAGGUCAGAAGUGAAGAUUGCUGUUCACGCGGAGCACUACAUGGCCCCGCCUUCCAUCACACACAAUGGCUUCCUCUUUAAGACCGCCUCCAUGGCCCGUCCAAUCACAGAGCGGAAGAACAAAGAAGAGUUCAGCAGGCGUUGGUGUGUGCUGAAUGAUGGCAACUUUAAUUACUACGAGAGUGAUAAGAUUGCCACACCCAACGGGGGUUUGAAGAUGAGGGAAAUCGUCUGUCUGGCUGUCAGUCCCCCUGAGACGCACGGGUAUGAUCACUCGUUCGAGAUCUACUCGGACGCAGAGCGCCUCUACCUUUUCGGCACUGACAAUCCUGAGACCAUGAGGGAAUGGGUCAAAUCCAUCGCCAAGUCCUUCAUCCCUGCGUGUGCGGAGGACUUGCUGCAGAAGGAUUUCGAGAGGAUCGGCCGGUUGCGCUAUAAAGACCCACUGAACUUGGAGAGCUCUAAGGUGGGCUGGUUCUGCCUGGUGGCUUCCACCCUGCACGUGUGCCUGGAGGAUGGACAUGGCCAGGAAACCAUCCACCUGCAGAAGCUUCUAGAACUCUCGAGGGAUAAUGAAGUUCUGGUACUUGUUGAGCGGGGCAGGACCCUGUACAUAGAGGGUGAGAGGAAGCUGGAUUUUUACGGCUGGGCAUCAGCGAUCGAGAGGGCUGCUGGGAGUUCUGGAGACACGCUGAGUCAGCAGCAGCUCACCGAGGCCGACAUACCGGUUAUAGUGGAGCGCUGCAUUCACUACAUCACACAAUACGGGCUGACGUCUGAGGGUAUCUACCGUAAGAGCGGUGUGAACAGUAAGAUCGCCGCCCUGCUGGAGGCUUUCCGGCGGGACGCUCGCUCUGUGUGGCUUAAAGAGGGGGAGCAGCAGGUGGACGACGUCUCCAACGUCCUGAAGAGGUUCUUCAGGGACAUCGAAGAGGGCCUGUUCAGCCAACAAGCACACAACUGGCUCAGCACUACAGCUGUUUCGGAUGAAAGCAGGAGGAUCUCUCAGUAUCAGUUACUCUUCAACAACUUGCCCAGAGUCAACAAAGCUACACUACGCACGCUGGUCAAUCACUUAUACUGCGUUCAGCGCUUCUCAGAAAUGAACCAGAUGAACCUUCAUAACCUGGCCAUAGUGUUUGGGCCGACACUGUUCCAGACGGACGGUAAAGACUACAACGCCGGGCGAGUGGUGGAGGACCUCAUUCAGCACUACAUCACCAUAUUCCAUGUCAAUGAACAGCAGCUGAAGACCCAACUUGACGAGAUCACCUACAUCAUUAAGCUGAGAGACAACCUGAACCCUAAAACGGGGCCGGCCAGUGGUGACUUUAUCUGUACAGUGUAUCUGGAGGAGAAGAAGGAGACGGCGGAGCAGCAUGUGAAGAUCCCUGCUGCUAUGACUGCCGCUGAGCUGACAUUUGAGAUUCUGGACCGGCGGAAAAUCACUGUGAAAGAGAAGGACUACUGGUGCUGCUUUGAGGUCAACGAGAAGGAGGAAAUAGAACGUCCACUGCACUAUCAGGAGCGCGUGUUACCCAUCCUGCACUCUCUGGGCACAGACAGCCACCUGCUGGUGAAGAAGAAUUACUCCAUGGAGGCCAUGCUGGUCUACCUGGCCAGUAAGGUGGAUGUGACUAAGCAUGGCAUGCUGAAGUUCAGAGAGGAGAAGAGUCUGCUUGGUCUGACCACCGGCAGCUUCAACGACAGAUACUUCAUGCUCAACCAGACAUCAUUCCGCCUCUACAAAGAUGUCCGGAGUAAUCGAGCUGAGAAGGAGUGGCCAGUCAAGUGUUUAAAGGUGUAUCAGGGCAUUAAGAAGAAGCUCCGCCCCCCAACCUGUUGGGGUCUCACUGUUGCCUAUGGGAGUGAUAAAACUGAGAAGCAGGAGAAACAGCAGUGGUAUCUCUGCUGCGACACUCAGACUGAGAUGAGAGAGUGGUUCGCUACGUUUCUGAGCAUACAGCAUGCAGGGUUGCUCUGGCCGGCGGAGUGGGUGAAGUCUCGAGCCGCGAGUCGCUCGGCGCCGCUGGACACUCGCCUUGGUAACGUCUCCCUCAUUCCUCUCCGUGGCACCGAGAACGAGAUGAGGAACAGCGUGGCUGCUUUCACUGCCGAUCCCCUCUCUCUGUUGGGAAAUCUAUGACCACGGAGUAAACAUGCCAGCGUAGAUCUCCUGAAUGCCGGUUCAUGGCCAAGCCGAUUCUGGAAUAUAUGAACCAGUUGGACCAGUAGGAUCCUGUUUUAACAUAUUGAACUGUGUGGAGUACUGAGGUCCGUGUACAGUCACUGACUUUGUCCUUCAACUCGUCCUUCAAUACGUUUUCAUCCACAACUCCAAAUCUUUCACUCCAGUUUUUGUUUCCUGGAAUUAUUUCUGCACCUGAACUGUUGUUGGUCACAUUGGGGGUGAAGUUUACCCGACCGAGAAGGCUCUCUCUCUCUCUCUCUCUCUCACACACACACACACACACACACACACACACACACACACACACACACACACACACACACACACUGCCCUGGUGGACUUUGGGAUAUAAUCUGUAAGAAUUUCUCGGACCGGUUUGAGAAAAAUAACAGGUUGUAAGAAGGUUCACUGCAUCCGUGAGUUAUGGCUCUGUGGUUGUUACUCAUUUGAUAUGAACAGAUUACUAGUAUUGCAGUUCAUAUGGCUAAAUAUUGCAGUUGUGAUGCACACAAACCCUUCAUGAUUCAUCUGAACGCCCGCAGAAACUCAUCUGGAGCUGUGAUUGGUCAGGACGCUCACAGCACUAAGGAAACAACACUGUGAUUGGUCAGAGGCUCAUUUCUUGCCUUCUGGGCUUGCCCGGAUAGUGUAUUAUAGGCUUUAUGCAUUCCAGAAAACGUUCUCAUCUGUCCUGAUAUUUACGUUUCAUGGUUAACUGUAAGCAGGUGACAGUCGUACGCCCCAGGUCCAAUGACAUGUUCUGUUCACUACUAUUUAUUUGCUAAAUGUAAAAUAUUUGGGGAAAAUAUAUGUUAAUGUGGUCUGUGCCUCACAAAUAGGUGAAACUCUUCCAAUAAAACAUAGAAAUUCCAGUA